ACAUUCAGUCUGUGUCGCCCUCGUGUUACAAAACGAGGUGCGUUCGGAAACGAAGUUUUAAAAUAAUAAAAACUUUUUGGUUGAACUUUAAAAAGUUAUAAUCUGUCAAAAUGAAGACCACAGUGCUACUAUGGAUGUUCCUAACCAUAUCAUCGAUCUCCGCGUACAAGAUACUCUGUAUUUUGCCAGCACCAUCACGAAGUCACGCUACGCUAGGCAGAGGCAUUGUUAAUACAUUACUGGAAGCUGGCCAUCAGGUAACAUGGGCGACGGCGUACCUAGAUAAAUCUAAUAAUAAAAACUUAAGGCAGAUUGAAAUUUCCAAAUCUAGGGACGUAGUAGAAGGCAUGGACGUAACAAAUCAAGGCAGAAUGAGUGUAUCCCUCGUACGUGAGUUCGCAAGAAAUAUAUCCAUCGCUGCAUUGGAGACGUCUGAACUAAGGGAUGUUUUGAUUAAUGAAAAGUUUGAUGCUGUUGUUACUGAAUGGUUUUUCUCUGAUGUUGAAGCAGGAUAUGCUGCAGUCCAGCAAGUUCCAUGGAUAUUGUUAAGUGGUGUUGUGAUGCAUCCUUACUUGGAGUACUUGGUGGACUCUGUCCGUAGUCUGCCUGUCACACCCUUCAUGAUGAACGACUUUCCAGUACCAAUGGACUUAUGGGAUCGUCUGGCAAAUACUUACAGCUUUGGAAUGUUUAUGUUUGGGAACUGGCUAGAGAGUACUACCUCAGAAGGUGAUUAUGAAAAGCAUUUCUCAUCAAUUGCGAAAGCACGCGGAGUAUCUCUACCACCUUUAUCGCUGGCUCGUCACAAUAUCUCUAUCUUGUUAGUAAACUCUCACUCGUCAUUUGCGCCUGCGCAGCCUCUGCCUCCCAAUGUGAUUGAAAUCGCUGGAUAUCAUAUUGAGGAGACAACACCGACAUUACCAAAGGAUUUGCAAGAUCUUCUAGAUUCUUCUCGCAAUGGUGUAGUCUACUUUAGUAUGGGUUCAGUUAUUAAGUCCGCUGCACUCCCGGAUAGCACAAAACGUGAGCUCUUAAGAGUUCUUGGGUCAAUUCCUUAUACUGUGCUUUGGAAAUUUGAAGAACAAUUAGAAGGUCUUCCUAAGAAUGUCCACAUUAGAUCUUGGAUGCCACAAGCGAGUAUUUUAGCACAUCCUAAUGUGAAAUUAUUCAUAACACACGGAGGUCUUCUGAGCACAUUAGAGUCGUUAAGGUACGGUGUACCUCUACUAGCAAUCCCGGUAUUUGGAGACCAGCCAGGGAACGCUAUCCGAGCGAUGAGGUCAGGGUACGCGCGUAAGGUCAACUUCUCACCAGACAUGGCACCAGAACUGGAGAAGGAAUUGAAACAUAUGCUGUCUGAUGACACGUAUUACAACAAAGCUAAGGAGCUAUCGAUGUUGUUCAACAGUCGGCCUGUCACACAGAGGAAACUUAUCCUACAUUACGUAGAGUUGGCUAUUGAAAGCAAAGGAGCAUAUCAUCUUCGUUCAAAGAGUCAAUUGUACAAAUGGUACGAACUCUGGAUGUUAGAUCAACUAGCGGUCGUCUUCGCCGCUUUAUUCCUUCUAUAUUUACUUCUAAAGAAGAUUGUCAGCGUAUUAACAAAGAAGAAUGUUAAAGAAGUAAAGAAGAGUAAGAAGAAUAAAUAAUUAUAAAAAUAAGGCUAACACUUCACUUUGACAUUUAUAUUAUAUAUCAACUCUUAGGCACUUUGUACACAAGGGACCUUAAAUCGGCGAUUUUAGUCGUUAGGCGACUUACGCAACAAUAUUUCACAAUUAUUCGUACUCAGACGCAAAAACCGGUCGCAAACUAUUUAUCAAGGUCGUCGUUCGGUCGUACAAGGCAACUUAAAUCGCCGAUAUUAAUAUUGUAUAGUUGCGUUGCUUUGAAUCGUCGACGCGAGUCUACUGUCAGUACAGACGUAGUGACAUGUCAACUGUAUUUAGCUUCGACAUAUUGAAAAUUGCAGCGACUUUUGUCACGAAGAUCUCGACAAACAGGUUGCGAGCGACUAUCUAGAAAUAUCGGCGACGCGUUAACAAACCUCUAUAACAUUUUAUUCUGUAAGUCACUUUGUCAAUAAAAUCGUGAAGUUUCAAAGAUUUACGUCACCUUGUGUACGAAAGGCCUUAAAAUUUGACUAAACAAUGACGUCACGUCAGACCAAACGGUUAUCAAACCGUCAAAUUUAAAAAUUAAACUGUUUUUUUUUU